UGCUUUUAAUUGUUUUAUUAAUAAAACUUUUAAAACGAAUAAAUUACGAUGUUUUUACCAGGCAUGAAAUACAUCGUAAAAUUAAUAAACUUUAUGCACUUUAUUAUUUAACAUUGAAAAGCGAGAGGAAAAUUAUGAAUAAACGAAAACGGAAAUAUUGGGUCAGACCAAUAUUUUCCAUUGAACGACGUUUAGCACAAGGAGCGAGCAAUAAUCUCGUUAAUGAAUUAGAACAAUGUGACCAUGAAAAAUUUUUUAAUUAUUUCCGAAUGGAACCGGUACUUUUUGAGAAAUUAUUACAAUUAGUCGGACCUUCAAUUACUAAACAAUCUGCAGUUCGAGAAGCUAUUCCACCUGAAACAAGGCUACACAUUACCAUAAGGUUCUUGGCAUCUGGAGAUAGUACGCGAUCCUUAUCAUAUGCCUUCCGUGUUGGACACAAUACCAUCUCUAAAAUAGUGUCAGAGACUUGCGAAGCCAUUUGGCAAUGUUUGAAAGAUACUGCUUUUAUAAAAAAUAAUGAAGAGAGCUGGCAAAAUGUUAUUAAUGAUUUUGAAAGGCUCUGGAAUUUUCCAAAUUGUAUGGGAGCCAUAGAUCGAAAACAUGUAACUUUACAGGCUCCACCGAAUUCCGGCUCGACAUAUUUCAAUUACAAAAGAGACCAU